UGGCUCAUAAUUGGUAUCGGUGAAAAGUAAAGCCAAUCAAACUAACCAACCUGAUAUUGCAAAGUCAACACGGCCAAUUGAAACUUGAAUGUGAGAACGUGGACCGUACCCCUGCACAAGCAAAAGUGUCAAUAGUUCAAUUGUAAAUGUAGCAUAACACCAACUAUGAGCACAAAAAACUGUCAGGAUGCGGCAAUCCAAUUAUAUCAGAAAUCUAUUGACUUUGAUAUGCCUAUUUUGCUGCCACUUGAUAUCAACCCUCGAUGCUGUGCAGAAGAGUGCAACAGCGUACACAACAAUGCCACAGGCGGACAUGAAAUUCAAUCAUUAUAUUACAAUACCAAACAGCAACUUUCAAUCAGUAGAGUCUUCGACAACAACAGAUGCAACAAUAACAACUGCCAUAGUUGGCAUAGUUGAAGAUCGAAAACUUCCGGAAAUUAACAAAACGACGAGAAUGAAAACCAAUUUGUUGCAACAGCAGCAAUUCCAAAAGCCAGAUGUUCAAAUAACUGAGAUAAGUGCAAAUGUAACAUUAUAUAUGAACAAAAUUCCACGAUUGCAAGUGCACUGGCUUGAUAAUUUGCCAAAUGGCACUUCCUACAACGUUCUUGUCAGUGCUGUGAACAACACACGCUGUCCGGAUGCCCCGUGCAGCGAGUACGGCAUCAAAGAGAAGCCAAAAAUGUUUGUUUUCUUGCCUCUAAAUCCAAAUUUGAAUGUGGAAUCUGUCGACUGCAACUACAUGUUUGGUUGCCAGUACAAAGUCACGGUGGAGACAUCGAAUGCCCUUGUUAGGCAUUCCACCAAUGUGUUCAUACCACCAUGUGUGGCUGGAAGAUGUUCAUGUCAGUCGGUACCAGCGCCGCCGAAAGUGCUCACCAAGGCCAAAAUGCUGACCAACGACACAAUUAGCAUCAGUUUCUCCAUACAGGCCAGCGAACAAUUGCGAAAGGAGCAAGCCAGCCAUCUGCAUGAGACCUUGAGACCCUAUAAAAUGCAAAUCAGAAUAAAUGAAGAGACAAACCCAUCUCUACCAUGGGGUGGUGUGCUAAAACAUUUGUUGAAUACUGUAUACAAUGUGGGCGAGUUGAAUUUCAAACCCACAGCCAAGGGAUUUGAGGGAAUGCUGAAGUUAUCACUGGGCACCCAGUUGAGAGAAAAGGCAUCUCUCAAUUUGCAAGCGGUUAUCAUAGAUCCAGCGGGUUGUGAGGGAGCUCGGAGUGUUACCAAGGUGCCAGUGCCCACAAAUCCUGUUCUACUGGACGAUGAAGACAAUUUGAACAAUUCAGUUAUAGUUACGUGCACAUUGCUCAUUAUUGUGAUUCUGUCCGGUUUCAUUGUAUCCGUGCUCCGACGUCGACGUGCGCAAUCAAAGGCAAAACUUCACAGUGAGGAGAUUUAUUUGCAAUCCUUAGCUGCCACGGCCAUAGAAAUGGAGGAUAACAUCAACUACGUGGACAAGUAUGUGGAGCAAUCACAAGCUCUGGGCCUGGCCGAUAUAUUCGAAAUGCCACAUUCAGCCAUUCGAAUUGGGCGCAUGUUAGGCGAGGGAGCCUUUGGCUAUGUUCAUGAAGCUUCGGCCAGCAAUCUUAGACGCAUGAGAGGAACCACAAUUGUGGCCGUAAAGCAAUUGAAACCCAAUCCCACGGCAGAUGAGGUGGCUGAGUUUUUGGCCGAAAUCGAAAUGCUCAAGGGUGUGGGCACACAUCACAAUGUGGUUUGCUUCCUGGGCUGUUGCACAAUCAAGGCUCCAUAUCUGAUGAUAAUGGAAUAUGUGGGUCGUGGUAAUUUGCUUAGUUAUUUGCGUACUGUUCGCCAAGAGGCAAACAAAUUUCGCAACCGGAAUGCCAACUAUACGACAUGUAGGCCAAUACAAAUAUCGGGCAGCAAUUCCUCAAAAAUUGGCACUGGAAACAACGUGGACAGUGUGAACUACAUCGAGUUGAAGGCGUCCACUCAAACUGUGGGCACCGACACUUCGGAUGCAUCUGCUUCAUCUUCAGUGCCGCAAAUGAGAAUGAAUGGUGGAGUGGGACUCAAUCACCAGCCAAGGGAACCAAAGAUAUCCUUUGCCGAGACCACAUAUACGAUUGUGGAGGAUGACGAGUUGCCAUUCGAGUAUAUACUGGAUAACAAGGAGUUGCAUAAUUUUGCUCUUCAGAUUGCAAACGGCAUGCGUUUCCUGGAAGAGCAGGAAAUCACUCAUCGUGAUUUAGCUGCUCGAAAUGUGCUAAUUGACCAUAACAAGACCUUGAAGAUAUCCGAUUUUGGGCUCUCGAGGCAUGGCGUCUAUACGAAUACAAAAACAAGAAAAUUACCCUUGCGCUGGCUGUCCAUUGAGGCAAUCCGCGACAAUCUCUACUCGAGCAAAAGUGACAUUUGGGCAUACGGUGUGGUACUGUGGGAGAUUGGUACAUUGGGCGCAUCACCGUAUCCAACGAUAAGCAAUAGCGAAUUGAUACCCUUCCUAAUGGCUGGGAAUCGUUUAGAACGACCUGAGAUUUGUACACCGCAGGUGUAUACUAUAAUGCUGCAAUGUUGGUUGGAAGAUCCCGAGGAGCGGCCCACAUUCGAUGCUCUCUAUAAGGUAUUAAGCCCCAAGACCACAUAUGUGGACAUUAACAGUCUGAGUGAUGAUUACGUAUUUCCACCGAUUAAAGAGAAUUAAGCUUAAGGUAUUGUUAGUUUCUAAGAGAGAUUCCAUAUUUAAGAGUUAUUCACAUAUCCCAAAAAAAUAUAUAUGUACC